AAAUAUUGUCUUUUAAACUGUUAUGCUGAUUUAUGAGCUAACAUAAAUUUGCACCAAAUAAAAAUACCGAAAAGAGACAUGUUCACUAGUUUUAUACAUGUGGACUACCAUACCUUACUUUUAGCUUUCUUUACAUAAUAUCACUGCAUUACCGGGCAUCACAACACGAUGCGUUUCGUUGGCAUCCCACUUGUGUACCCCCUCAGUGUUUCCUGCUGCAGGAGAAUCAGAUGUCAGUGUCUCGUGUGAGAGGUAAACAACUAAACAUCUCCUCCCCCGCUGCACUGGUGCAACAGCAUCUCCAGCGCGUGGAGAAAAUGGAGCCUGAUUGAAUGUGAGUGCAGGCGGAAGAAAAGCAGCAGCGGCAGCGCGUGGAUGGGGUGGGGGGUGUUUGCUCUCAGCGAGCUGAACUCAGCUGCUGCAGUCAAGGCAUCAAUUUUGUAUAGGCGUUGAGUGCAGUAAGUUGGCUAUCAUCCGCGGAGGCUUCCCGUUACUGUUGAUCAUGGGGAGCACCUCGCGUCUCGCAGAGUGAUGCGCGGGGAUAUGAGCGGUCUCUAUAGGCAUGUCCGCGUCCGAUUCAAGCGCAGCGCUGCUCAGCUGCAAGAGUUCAGCUGAUUCCUACACGAGCAGGCCAUCUGAUUCCGACCUGUCCCUGGAGGAGGACAAGGAGGCGUCUCGGCGUGAAGCCGAGCGCCAGGUCCUGCUCCAGCUCGAGAGAGCCAAGACCAAACCUGUGGCAUUUGCAGUGAGAACCAAUGUCAACUACUGUGGGGCUCUGGAUGAGGACUGUCCGGUUCAGGGUGCCGCCAUCAACUUUGAAACCAAAGAUUUUCUACAUAUAAAAGAGAAGUACAAUAAUGACUGGUGGAUUGGGAGGCUGGUAAAGGAGGGAGCAGAUAUUGCUUUCAUUCCCAGUCCUGUUAAACUGGAGGCCAUGCGCAUCAAACAGGAACAGAAAGCAGCUCAGAGAAAAGCAGGAGGCAAUGCAUCAUCUGGGAGCUGGAGAUCUACACCUCCUUCUGCAGCCAAACAGAAGCAAAAGCAGACAGAACAUGUUCCACCCUAUGAUGUUGUUCCAUCUAUGAGACCUGUUGUUCUGGUUGGUCCCUCACUGAAAGGCUAUGAGGUAACCGAUAUGAUGCAGAAAGCGUUGUUUGACUUCCUGAAGCACAGGUUUGAUGGGAGGAUCUCUAUCACACGGGUAACUGCAGAUCUGUCUCUGGCCAAGCGAUCUGUAUUGAAUAAGAAAGCUAUUAUGGAAAGGUCUAACACGCGAUCCAGUCUGGCGGAGGUGCAGAGUGAGAUUGAGAGGAUAUUUGAGCUGGCUAAAAGCCUGCAGCUGGUGGUCCUGGAUGCAGAUACAAUUAACCACCCUGCACAACUUCUCAAGACCUCACUAGCUCCCAUUAUAGUCUAUGUGAAAGUGUCUUCUCCAAAGGUCCUUCAAAGACUCAUUAAAUCCAGAGGGAAAUCUCAAAGCAAACAUCUCAACGUACAAAUGAUGGCAGGAGAUAAACUAGUGCAGUGCCCACCAGAAAUGUUUGAUGUCAUACUUGAUGAGAAUCAGUUAGAAGACGCUUGUGAACACUUAGCUGAAUAUUUGGAAAUAUACUGGCGGGCCACUCACCUUCCAGGUUCCGCCCCUAUGAACCCUGUGGUGGAGCAAAAUGUGGUAACCCCGCCCUCAGCCAACUCUAGCCAACAGUUCUCAGAGACGCAGGAACUAAUUGAAUGAGCACUACCACGAAUAACGAGUGGUCUGAGUAAAACAAAACAUUCCAGAAAGACCCCCAGAAUAUUCCUCUAAGGCCAGCCACUCACUGCCCCAGAAUGAUAUGUGGGAUCAAAGCAGCUGCCCACCGAUUAGAAAGAAGAGGAGUGGACGGAUGGUUAUUAAGAUGAGGGCUUGCGAGGAAUUGGACCAAUACCAGCCUCACUGUGAGGUCACGUCCCCUUUCCCUGCACUAACACACGUGUCGUCCUGAACUUCUCAGGACCACUCUGCUGCAGGCCUUCAGCCGACACAAACACACAAAUAAAAUUUCUCAGAUACACACGCUCGACUGAUCUGAAGUAAAGAUGGGUUAUGAUGCGAUGCCGUGUUGUGCUUUAGCUGUUAGACAGUUUUCAUGGAAAAACCAUCUUAAAAUGUAUCCCCUUCUAAGCAGCGGUGCUAACCACACACAAUAAGAAAGCACCAUGCUUUGUUGCAUUUUUUCACCAUGUCAGGUUCCUAUAAAAGCGUAUCGUAAGACUCUUGUUUUUGAACGCAAGAAUGCACCCCCUUUAAACUGCGUAUGAAUGGGGUCAGAUUAACCUGAAAGCAUCCUCAAUGUGCAGGGCUUCCUUGAGCCGAUUAGUCAAUGAGUUAUUUAUGGUAGACCAUGGAGAGAUGAUAUGUAGUAUUGCACACUGAAACCCAUAGCGAGAUAAACGGGUGUUCUGGAGCCCCUCGGUGGUGCCGUCUGUCCGGCAGGUUCUGCCAAUCUCCUGUUUUUAUCCCUGGUGUCUCUUUGGCACUGACAUCAGAGAUCUCUUACCAUUUUCCCACAGAGAGGUGCCCUAUGAAACUAACAUGAACCCGCACAACUGCCAGUCAGCUCACUCACCCUCCACCUAAAAGUUUUUUUUUAAUAGUUAUUCAUUCUGAAAAAGAAUACUAUAGUCAAAUACACUUUGCUUAAAGGAACAGUUCACCCAAAAAUGAAAAGUAAAAUAAAUAUAAGUAAAUAAUAAGAAUAACAAAAAUACUUUUAAUUUUAGCGUGAAAACUCUUUUAGAGAAUUACCUCAUAAGAUUAAUGUAACAACCAUAAUGCCAAUUGCAUACCAGUUUUAUCAUUGUUUAUAUUGGAAGUUGUUGGUGAAACCGUUUGUCAACUAGUCAUUCAUCAAUAUUUCCAACCACACCAACUUCAUAAUUUCAAUAAGAUGAGUAAAAGUAGUAUGAAUGUUUUCCCACUGUUGCACUGAUCAGCUUCAUUGGACAAUAUUACAGUCUUUAUACUAAUUGUUUUGAGUGACCUCUAGUGGUCAUGUUUAAAACCCUUUUACAAGAGUUUACAAAAAUUCUGUUGUAAUUUACUUUCAUUCAUUUAACUUAAUUUUCCAUUUAACUUCUGGAAAACACAAAAUUACAAUUUAAAUAGAGAUUGUAGUGGUCUUUCUUUCCCAUGCAAGAGAAUUGGUACUGGAUCUUUCAAACAUGCAAGGAAGAAAAAGAACCAUUAAAGUAUCAGAAAGGUUGUCAAGCUGUCCUUUCAACUAGUGCGCUAAAAGUCUUCUAAAGCUGUACAGUAGAUUUGAUCUCCUGUUUUUGGUGCAUUCAGGAGAUUUCUUGAAGGAAGUUGUGAUGUCGUGAAAAAAUCAUCCAGACAAUGAUUCGUUCACAAAUUGGAUCGUUUUUUAUCUUUCCCGCAUCGAAGCUUAUUUGCAUGAUAAGUGAUGAUUUUGAUGACACGUCUGCUGCUGGGUUCUUGCUUCCGUAAAACAACACCGCAACAAGUUAUCACACAUUAUACAGAAUGACUUAUUUGCAAGACAAUCUCUUAUCUUAAAGAUGACUUAUUUUACUCUUGGCAUACAUGCACAUGCAGUCUCAUUGUACAUUGCAAAUCAUAACUAUGCAUGACAAACUUUACAGCCAUUUGUAGAAAACCACUGCACUGUAUACUUAAUAAAAGCGAUACAAUGGCCAGACAAAGAUGCAUAUAACCCAUCAAAAAACUGCUUGAAUAUCUUGCACACUAAAAGUCAUUUGCCUAGAAUAGCACAAACAAAUAAUACGUUUUGCUGAUUAAAUGUGUACAUAUGUAAUAUUAUUUGCUUAUAUUGAACAAAACCUUUUAUUUGGGACCAUGCUUAAUCUUUUUUGCUGUUUGGUUUACAUAAGGCACAUUUUUAAAUCAAGUUAUAUGGUUUGAAAAGCAACAUGCAAGCUUUAAAGCACAAUAACAGUGACCACCAAAACAAGCUCUUCCCAAUGAGAAAUAUGCUUGAUAUUCUUCCAGGUGAUUUGUACAGUCAAGAACAAUGUCUUUGGGUCUUCAAAGUAUAUUUUAAUUGCUGAUUUGCUGUUUAUUUUAUUAGAUAUUUAUGUUGUUCUGCACCACAGUUUACUGUUAUGUAUGCAACAAUGGAGGAAAGAGGAAGACAAUAACAAAGGUCUAUCACAGAAUAAAGGGAAAUCAAUAUGAUUGCACUAUUUUAUCGUUUGGUUUGAUUUACGAUGCAAUAAAUGCACUGUAAGUGUGUAAACCAUCUUCCAAUACAGUUAUUUGUAACAUUGUACUAAUGUGACAACACUGACCCAGCACUAAUUUCUGAUAAAAGACAAAAUUGAAAAGUACUACCUGAUGCUGAACAGAAUAUUUUGUGCUUCUGAGAAACAAAUAAAAUAAAAUAAAAA